AUCUCCUACAAAGGAUGUGUUGCACAGCUCUUUUUUUUUGUUUUCUGCGCAAAUACAGAGUAUUUUUUCCUGACCAUCAUGUGCUAUGACCGCUACGUGUCCAUCUGCAAACCCCUGCACUAUGAGACCCUCCUGGGAAGCAGAGCUUGUGCCCACAUGGCAGCAGCUGCCUGGGCCAGUGGCUUUCUCUAUUCACUGAUGCACACAGCCAAUACAUUUUCCCUGCCCCUGUGCCAUGGCAAUAACCUGGGCCAGUUCUUCUGUGAAAUUCCUCAGAUCCUCAAGCUCUCCUGCUCCAAGUCCUAUCUCAGGGAACUGGGGCUUCUUGCUGUUAGUGCCUGUUUAGGACUUGGGUGUUUUGUGUUCAUUGUUUUCUCCUAUGUGCAGAUCUUCAGGGCUGUGCUGAGGAUCCUCUCUGAGCAGGGACGGCACAAAGCCUUUUCCACAUGCCUCCCUCACCUGGCUGUGGUCUUUUUGUUCCUCAGCACUGCAAUGUUUUCCUAUCUGAAGCCAGCCUCCAUCUCCUCCCCAUCCCUGGAUGUGGCAGUGACAGUUCUGUACUCAGUGGUGCCUCCAGCCCUUAACCCCCUCAUCUACAGCCUGAGGAACCAGGAGCUCAAGGCUGCAGAGUGCCUGUUCUGGGAAAAUGUGGCAGGAAUGCUGCUCUCUGAAGGGUUUGAGUGCCUUGGAUAA